UGUUAGCUAACUCGAGUUCAGAAUGCACCUUUUUUCCUCAUGAAGACAAGCCCUAAGUGAGCCUCCUGUCCCCUGUGCAGCAGGUGAGGGAGAGUGGUGAUGCAGGCUGAGUGAGGUUGGAAAGAGGAACUGACCUCAACUGAAGAAUGGUGUUUGCUUUAAAAGGAAGCCCUUGUUUGUGGGACAGUCAUCGCAAGACUCAUCUGCAAAGGGGGUGGCCUACAAAGUCGCCUUUUUAGGAGGCAGCAUGUUCCAGUGGACUGAGCUUGGGAACAGCUCAGCAGCUGAACUAAGCCAGCAGCUUCUGAAUUUUAACCCCAACACUGACACUGGCUCAUUAUGGGAGCUUGGCACUUACCCUCUUUCCCGUAUUUACCCCGUCAGAGAGUCAAGGAAGGGAACGGUGAUCUUCAUGAGGGCUGAUGGUAAAUGGCAGCAGGGUAGCCUGGAACGAGACCCAGCACUGUAAGAUUUUGGAUGGGCUAGUCCCAGACCAGGUACAGCUGUGCCGAAGAAAUCUGGAGCUCAUGCAUAGCAUUGUACGUGCAGCCAAAGAGACCAAGGGAGUCUGCCAGAAAACGUUCUCGGAUAUGAGGUGGAACUGCUCUUCCAUUGAGUAUGCACCCAGUUUCACCCCUGACCUCAUGAAAGGGACCAGGGAAUCUGCAUUUGUCUAUGCAUUGGCUGCUGCUGCUGUCAGCCAUUCCAUCGCUCGGGCCUGUGCCUCAGGGGAACUACCUAUCUGUUCCUGUGGAUCUGUCCCAUCUGAGGUGCCUGGGCCUGGCUUCAGGUGGGGUGGCUGUGGGGACAACCUCCGCUAUGGCCUCCAGAUGGGUUCUGCCUUUGCUGAUGGCCCCAUGAAGUCCAGUAAGGCAGGAGGACAAGCCACCAGGCUUAUGAAUCUACAUAACAAUGCAGUGGGCCGACAGGUAUUGAUUGACUCCUUGGAGACCAAGUGUAAAUGCCAUGGUGUUUCUGGCUCCUGCUCAGUUAAGACUUGUUGGAAGGGGCUGCAAGAUUUGAAUGAAAUAGCCACUGACCUCAAAUCCAAGUACUUGGCAGCCAUCAAGGUAACCCACCGACACAUGGGAACCAGAAAGCAGCUGGUGCCCAAAGAACUGGACAUCAGGCCAGUGAGAGAGGCUGAGCUGGUUUAUCUAGUCAGUUCUCCAGACUACUGCACAAAGGAUUCCAAACUGGGGUCUCUGGGGACUCAGGACAGGCAAUGCAACAAGACCUCUGUGGGCAGUGACAGCUGCAACCUGAUGUGCUGUGGGCGUGGCUACAAUGCUUACACUGAGAGUGUGGUGGAGAGGUGCCAGUGCAAGUACCAUUGGUGCUGCUAUGUGAUGUGCAAGAAGUGCCAGCGGACAGUGGAGAGAUACGUGUGCAAGUAAUACAGAAGGCCCUGAAGCAGCCCAUGCUCUGAGAAAGCACUAAAGGACCUAUGCUCUGAGGCACUCCAGAGCAUGCCUGGAUAUUUAAUUAAUCACAGGGGAAGCUGUGAGCUUUGGCUAGAAAAGGGGCCAUGGUGAAAAUCCUCAUAUUGGCAUUACCCAGGAAAACACACAUUUUUGGGGAAAAGGCCAAGCCUGAUGUCCUUAGCCUCACCCCUUCCAGAGCAAGAGAAACAGCUGCCUCCUGGGGCUGACCUGGUUUGUUCAAAUUUUCAAUCUCCAGCUGGGGACAAAUAAUUUAUCGCCCUGCAUGCAUGGAUCUCUUUCUCCCCUGAGCUGCCAGCAGCCAUUGUCUCUUUGUGGGAAGCUUCUGAAGGUGGCCUGAAAGUCAGGAGUGAUGGAUGGAAAAGGGUGUGGGGUGGGGAGAGACAAGAGUGAAUUCAGGGGAAGAAAGAAGUGCUGCUCCUGAAUAAGCAUGCUGAGGAAACCUGGGCAUGCACUUUUGGGGUGGCAAGCUGACCCAAGGCCACCAGAUACUCCCAAUUUCAAGACAGGUACAUGUUCAUUGUCUUCUGCAGCAUCACACUUUCUCUCUAACAUUAGGAUCAGGCUUGGGUGUAAGCUGGAGAAAGACCUCUGCCACCCUCUUCACUAUCGGAGAGAUCCAUUCCUCUGUCCUUUCAUAGCAAUGACAGAAAGAGAGAGAUUCUAAUAUCAUGGUGAUGGGCAUGCUAUAAAAGCUGAGACAAAGGAAAAGUCCAUAAGAGAUGUAGGUGGAAAUAGUGGGAUUGAAAGCGCUAUUGAACCAGAGGGGUCUCGGUAAGGACCAGGCCUGAUGCUCCUGCCCCCGAGCUCACACCUUGUGAGGUGGAGAAGCCAGUAAAUUGGGUGGCACAUUCUCAUUCUCACAUCCUUUUCUCCCCUCCUCUUUUGCUCCUCCACACCCAGGAUGGCAGCCUGUCUGCCUUCCCCUGUCUCUGAACCAGGCUCACUCAGGUGUGCUGACAGUGAGUGCUGAGUACAUUGGCUCCAGGGCCCCUUUGUAGGAUUUGGAGAUGAAACUGAAUUUUUUGAUUUCUGCUUAUUUAUUUGGUGCCUUUUAAAUAUGUGCGUGUCUCUGCCAAUGAUGGCCCUAAGCCUCAUGUGUUACUCAGAAAGGCUCCCCAUUCUGUACCCCCCAGAACUCAGCUGGCCACAAAAGGGAUGAGGCAAUGCUGUCUCCCCUCUUUGCCUACAAAGCAGACAUUCUGCAUCCUUUCAGGAGAUGAAAUUGCAGAGGUGGCUUCAUAGUUUAAAGGGAAAGGAUGUUUAUUUUCAUUUGAAGAUGCUUUUUUCCCUUUCUCCUGUAUCUCUUCUGGUACUGAUAACAUACUGAUUUGGCUGUUGUGGCCAGACACAGAUUUCCCUAUAUGCACAUAACAAGCUUUGGAACAUUUUUCUGGGUUACUACAAGGGCUGGUGCUUCCAUUAGGGCACCAGGAUUUGGGAGGGUGGCAUUUUGCCGCCCUCGGCGGCAGUUAGGCGGCAGGGGGGUCCUUCUGCGCUCUGGGUCGGCGGCAGCAAUUCUGCGGCGGGUCCUUCACUCUCUCCAGGACGUACCGCCGAAGGGCCCCGAAGACUGGGAGCGCGGAAGGACCGCCCCCCCGCCCCCGCCACAGCCACAGAAUUGCCGCCAACGACCGGUACCACGGAAGGACCCCCGCCUAGGGCGCCAAAAACCCUGGCGCCACUCCUGGUUACUGCAGAUCUAAUCUCCCAGCAAAGUACCCACUCUUCUGGGAUUUAUUCCUAGUAGCAGAGAGCUUGAGUCUGGGGAAAUGAUCCCUGAGUUGUUUCUGAUCUUUAUAAAUCAUGGGUCAAACUGACCUCUGUGAGAGCUGGCAACUGGAGGAGAGGUCAAAAGUGAGAGUAACUUACAAAUGGACUGACUUUCUCUUCUCCCCAAAACAGAAAAUAUAUGCAAAAAUAAAUGAUAAAGAAAAAUGAAAAACAGUCAGAUCUGAUUGCCUCAUUUUGUUACUAACUUCAGGGUAAACUACAUUUAAAAGUUAGUUUUUUAUAAAUAUAAAAACAAAAUCACAAUAAAUCUCUCAUUUAAUAAAAUCAUCAUCACUAUAAAAAUCUCUUUUUAGUACCAUUUAAGUUAGAAACGUCUACCAUGAUACACACAUUCCCAGCAUUUGAAUUACAAUUUACAAAAUAUACUUUAAAGGCUAACUACAUUACAGUAGUACACAAAGCUGAUCACUGCUGCCAGUCUGUCACAUGUAUUUCCUUUUUCCCAUCAUUUGAAAUAGAAAUGUUUUAAAGUGUUAUGGCCACAUGUAACAAGAUAAUUUUUUUGGCCACAGCUAGUGCUGGCCCCAACAGCCUCAGUUCUCUCAGAAUACACAUCAAAGCCAAGAUGAAAGCAGAGAGACACCAGCUGCGGCUUUCACAGAUUCCUCUUCCUCUGACUGUAAGGAGAAGGAUUUUCCUUUUUUUCUAAAAGGCAAUAUGCUCAGGACAUCUGUACGGUGGGGCAGGCUUGUAAACUCGAUCAAAAUUCUAGGGCAAAGCUCUUGUGGCCCUGGGGAUUCUGUGGCAGCUGUUGAUACAUUUAUUUAAAAAAAAAAUUGUGAGUUUAAUUGAAUUAAAUAAGGAAAUGAAUAAUUCUUU